GGUUGCUGCAGCUAGGGACACAGACACCGAGAGACGAAGAGAGAGCAAGAGAGUGGAGAGAGACACACACACACACAGCAGGCAGACAGAAAGAGCAGAAGCUUGACACAGAGAGAGAGAGAGAGGACGACAGCUCGCGCGCGAGAGAGAGUGAUAGAGUAAGAUUGAGAGGGAAAUCAGACGAAGAGGAUAAAACAAGCUUUAGCAGCUGCAGUCACCUCCUGGCGAUUUGCCUGCUGACGCAAGCGGCCGCCUCUUUGUGUUCUGGCCAUCCCUGAUAUGACCCUGUUCAAGAGUGAGCAUCGCAGCAGCCCACGAUACAUGAGCAUGAGCGGAGAGCUGAAGUCCAGCCGCUCCAAGACAGGUGGAAUGAAGAGGCCCAGCAGCGCCAUGUAUGGAUCAGAGUACGACCUGGACUAUGAGUGUUACCAGGAGGACUUCUAUGACAGGGUGUAUGACUACCAGCGCGUGCCCUCCUCCAUGGCCCCUGUGCCCCACCAUGGCUCCAGCCUGCCCAAGCGCUCCCGCUCCUCCUCGGGCCAGGCCAGCCUGAGACGCAGCCGAGACCGGCCCUCCUCCAAGGCCUCCAGACCCCACUCCUCCAGCAGAGCCAAAUUGAAGAUGGAGGAGCUGCAGACCAUCAAGCGGGAGCUGACCCUGAUUAAGGUUCAGAUUGACGGGCUGCUGGAUAACCUGGACAGGAUGGACAGGCAGAGGCAGGAUUACACAGGAUCCCCACCGUCCAGGGACGGCAGUCUCGGAGGCUCUCCCUACCCCGCGUCAGUCAGCAGCCCUGAGGCGUGUCCUCGGAGCCCCAGCCCGCGCCGCCGCUGCACCCGGAGAGACAGCCCCGAGCUGGGGGAGGCCAGCGAUGACGAGGAGCCCCACACGGUCCAUCAUCACAGCUCAGACCUGGAAGAUGAGAUGUGAGAAGGUGGAUCACAGCUCUCAGAUUCUGAAGCUGGACGUCAGCAGUGCGAAACAAAAAGAGGGAGAGAGGGAGCGCCAAACAUGGAGGAAGAAGAGAAGAGCACACUACACUACCCUACCUUUUUUUCAUGUAGUUACCAUGCCAACACCAGCCGCAGAGCAUUGUCCCUCAUCAACCCACCACCAACCACUCCUCUGUAGUGUGUGUGUGUGUGUGUGUGUGUGUGUGUGUGUGUGUGUGUGUGUGUGUGUGUGUGUGUGUGUGUGUGUGUGUGUGUGUGUGUGUGUGUGUGUGUGUGCGCGCGCGUUUGUGUGUGCGUGCGUGCAUGUAAAUGUCUUUGUCUGUGUGAAUGUUCAUUUGUGUGUGUGUGUGUGUGUGUGUGUGUGUGUGUGUGUGUGUGUGUGUGUGUGUGUGUGUGUGUGUGUGUCUGUGUGUGUGUGUGUGUGCGUGUGUUUGUGUGUGUGUGUGUGUGUGCGCGUGUGUGUGCACGUGCACGCGCGUGCGUGCGUGCAUGCGUGCGUGCGUGCGUGCGUGUUUGCAUGCGUGCUUGUGCUUGUGCUUGUGUGUGUUGUACAGGGUGUGUCUGCAGCUAAAUGCUGAAUCUCAAAUGCCCCCCCCCUCUCUCUGUUUAGUAGACCCCCUGCUUUACCUCAUGAUGGUCCCACAUCCAUCCACGCCUUUUUCACUGUUUUAUGAAACAAAAAUAUUCCCCAUCUGUGGCAAGUACACUGGCAUGGUAAUUACAGAUGCCUGUCCAGAAAAAUGAGCUCCAAACAUUUCCCAUCUCAUCUAUCUCAUCUGUAAACCGCUUACCAAAUAUAUUGCCCCCCCCCCACACACACACACACACACACACAUACACACCCACACACACAAUCACAUAUCAGUGCUUACACAAAUUUGCUGACAAAUAGACUGAUGCAUAGUGAGAGAACUUAUAUUCCCUUCAAGCUAUGAUUUUAACUGCAUAAAAACUAAGUAUAAUAAUGAUCAGGUAUAACAAAUUUGUUAAAUAUUUCAUUUAAAAAUUACUUUUUAAAGGUAGCUCUCUGGUGGUGACAUUGUAUUCCUGAAAGAGUCCAUCUUUAGCAUCAACUGUAACUGAAGUGGUCAAUGCCACAAUUCUGUCCGUGUCUUGGCUUAUAGGCCUACAUGGUCAUAUUGGACCAUGUGACUCGAAAUCACAAUACCUCAUAAAAGUUCUUCUUCCGAACUAAUAAGUGGUUUGGAUGUUGUGACUGUCCAUUAUUCCGAACAAAAUGUCUUUUGAUAGAGGAAACCGAACAUUUACAUAUUAGAACUGGAUUUUUAUUUAGUCUACAUAGAAAGCCAGAUACUAGAAAAGUACUGAAGCAUCACUUGAUUAGAGGGUUAGGCACUUGGCUUAUUUUGAUUCGUCCCCCUGGGGUAAUAUAUGACUAUUACUAAUUAAUCAUUUGAACAUAUCCACAAUAGAUUUCCCUGUGUCCUGAUAAGACCUCUGACAGAAUAUCAUCCAUUUUAAAAUUUGUUUGGGUUUCAAAAAGUCUGUGUCCUCCUAAGCAUCUCAGAUGAACACCCCUCUGGCCUGGCCAUUGAGAAA